AAUGUAAUGUAAUAUAAUAAUAUAAUAUUAAAAGAAUAAUGAAGAAAAAACCAUCACACGAUUCAUCCCCCUCAUUACAACUAAUCAAAUUCAUCGUUGGAUUUCCAUACAACAACAACAACCAUCUGUCACUAAAUCUUUAUAUUCAUAUUCAUAUUCAUUCACACAAACAAAUUAGGGCUCAAUUCCGCAAUUUCACCAUUGAAGCAGCUUCAACAAGUUAGUUAGGUUUAAUACAUUCAGAUUUCUCAACUGAUCAUCGUUAUGAUAACAACAACAACAACUGCAUUGUGAUUGUAAGACGAUGAUCAUGGCGAACGGCAGUCCUCCGUACGAAUGGCGGUUUGAUGAUGACGAUGACGGUUUUGACGUAACCGCCAUGGAAGACGAGCCGUUGGAUUUUGAAUCGAUGUUCAAUUCGAUUGGAGAACAAUCGCGUGGUGACUUUUCGGAGAAUCUGCCGGCUGAUCCACCAUCAAAUAUGGCACCCUGUAAUGAGUCGGCUUCUCAUGAGGCUAAUGAGCACUGCGAACCCCACAACGGCUCACUUGCAUUACCCUUUCUGCAUCACUCAGAAGCUUCAACAUCUAUGGCUUAUUAUCCAGAUGCUUCAUUUGAUACUUCUGCUGAUUGUUCGAUGUCGGUUCCAGCUCAAGAUUUUUCAUCAUUUUACAAUCAUGGAACUGGAACUAAUUUCGAGAGAGCUCAUAUCAAUGAUACUUUUGGGUUUACUAAUGGUAGUGAUGGAAACCAUCAGCUAAUGGAUACAACUGGGAUAAGUGAUGGAAUGUUUUACGAUAUGGGAGGCCCGUUGAUGAAUCUUUUUGGUGGAUACUCUGACGGUUUCUAUGAUCCUCAUCAUGAGUUCUCUAUGCCAUGUAUCACAGGCUCUAAUGAACCAUUGUAUUUUGGUUCAUCAAAUUCAAAUCAUAAUGAUGGCAUGUUAUUCAAUGUUAAUAUGGAAUCAGAGGAACAUCUAAUGCAAAAUCUAUCAAGAAACAAUGCUGUAAAUGAUAUUGGACCGCAUGUCUGUGCUGAAGGUAGUAAAGUGGAAAACGAAUCUACCAGUGGCUAUCAUGGGCUUCGUAUGUGUCAUAUGUCAAAUAAGAAACAAUCGGUGCAUGCAAAGGAUGACAAACAUGUUCCAACACUUGGUCCCGCAUGCAAAAAAGAAUCUCUAGCAAAUGGGAAGCCUCGUAAAAUCAGGCGCGAAAAGGCAAAACUCGAAACAAAUGAUGAAAAGUCCGGUUAUCAAUUUCCAUCUCAGGAGUUUCCCCAUCAAAAGUCAGAAUUAUCUCUACCAGAUAAUGGCUUGGCAGUUCCACUUUUGAAACACCAGCGGAUUGCUUUAUCAUGGAUGUCAAAAAGAGAGACAAAAAGCACUCGUUGCUGUGGAGGAAUUCUUGCAGAUGAUCAAGGGCUUGGUAAAACAAUAUCUGCAAUUGCCCUCAUUCUAAAGGAAAGAUCACCCCCGUCUUCUAGUCUCUCUGCUAUCGAAACAAAAGAUAAAGCAAUAGAGACUUUAUGUUUGGAUGAAGAUGAACAUACAAAGCCUUCUGUUCCGACGACAAGCAAUAGAGUAUCUGCAGGAACACUUGUUGUAUGCCCUACCAGUGUUCUCCGUCAAUGGAAUGAAGAAUUGCAGAAUAAAGUAGUUACCGAAGCUAAUCUUUCCGUUUUAGUGUAUUACGGAAUAAACCGAACCAAAGAUCCAAUCGAGUUAGCCAAAUAUGACGUCGUUAUAACAACAUACGCAAUUGUGAGCAUGGAGGUACCAAAACAGCCACUCGAUGAAGACGAUGAAGCAACGAUAAAAAUCUCAUCCACUAAAAAACGAAAAUACCCGCCAACUGACUCUGCUGAAUGUCCUCUAGCUAAGUUGAGGUGGUUCAGAGUUGUAUUAGAUGAGGCUCAAAGUAUUAAAAAUUAUAAAACACAAGCAGCUAGGGCUUGUUGGGGUCUUAGAGCUAAACGAAGGUGGUGCUUAUCCGGAACUCCUAUCCAAAACUCCAUUGAUGAUCUGUAUAGUUACUUCAGGUUUUUAAAAUAUGACCCGUUUGCAGUAUAUAAAAAAUUCUGCACCCAAAUAAAGGCCCCGAUUCAAAGAAAUCCCAAGGAUGGGUAUAAAAUGUUGCAGGUUAUAUUAAAGACUAUCAUGCUACGUCGCACAAAAGGUACACUUCUUAAAGGAGAACCAAUUAUCUCAUUACCGCCCAAAACCGUUAUCCUGAAAAAAGUUGAUUUUAGUGCUGAGGAGCGCGGUUUUUACCGUAGUCUGGAGGCUGAAGCCCGUGCUCAGUUUGAAGAAUAUGCUGCUGCUGGCACGGUCAAACAAAACUACGUAAACAUAUUAUUAAUGCUUUUACGCCUUCGGCAAGCAUGUGAUCACCCUUUGCUCGUUAGAGGAUGUCGCUCAAGUACCGACUGGAGGUUAUCUGUUGAAAAGGCAAAACAACUUCCUCAAGAAAAACUAAAACACCUUUUAAACUGUUUAGAAGCUUCAUUAGCAAUUUGCAGCAUAUGUAAUGAUCCACCUGAAGAUGCUGUUGUAACAACUUGUGAACAUGUUUUCUGCAAUCAGUGCAUCCUUGAGCAUCUUUCAACUGACGACAACCAGUGUCCAUCCUCAGAGUGUAAAAAGCUUCUUAAUAAAUCUUCAGUAUUUUGUAAAUCAGCGCUUACAGUUUCGGUUAUGGACCGUGAUUCAGUGGAAUCUGAGGUUACAGAACCUUGUUCGACCAAUGAACCGGUUGAUUCCUUGAAAAUUGAGGCUGCUAAGGCACUUGAUUCCUCAAAAAUUAGAGCUGCCAUUGAAGUCCUUCAAACUAUUGCAAAACCCAAGGAUAUAACUGUAACUGUGAAUGAUACUAAAACUGAAGGAAAUUCAGUUGUUAGGGAGAAAGCGAUUGUGUUCUCACAGUGGACAGGGAUGCUGGAUUUGCUUGAAGUUUGUCUUAAAGAUUCCUCGAUCGGUUACAGGCGACUUGAUGGGACAAUGUCGGUUGUUGCCCGAGAUAAAGCAGUGAAGGAUUUCAACAAGCUUCCUGAGGUAACUGUUAUAAUUAUGUCACUGAAAGCUGCUAGUCUUGGGCUAAACAUGGUUGCUGCCUGUCAUGUGAUUCUGCUGGAUCUUUGGUGGAACCCAACAAUAGAGGACCAAGCGAUUGAUAGGGCCCACCGGAUAGGGCAAACACGUCCAGUUACAGUUUUGCGGUUGGCUGUUAAAGAUACUAUUGAAGAUCGUAUUUUAGCUCUUCAGAAAAAGAAAAGAGAAAUGGUGGCGUCUGCAUUUGGAGACGACAAGAAUGGUUGCUUGCAGACUCGCCUUACUUUUGCUGACAUUAGAUAUCUAUUUCAAGCGUAGUACCCGGGAAUGUCAGAUCUAGAGCAAUCAUAAAACUAUGACUUGUAUAUUUCAUUGCCCUAGACGCGCCAUUCUAGAUCCAGGUAAAGACCUACCGUCAACUUUAACCGUGUUAAUAUCCUAAGAGGUGGUUAUUUUUGCAUGUCGUUAUCAAUUAACGACAUUACUGACAUAGCUUUUUUGAGUUAUAUUAGGGUUAAAGAAGGAAAAUAGUUUUUGGUUUAGCAUGAUGGAGAUGAUCAAUAGUAGUCUUAGAAUCAUGCAACUUUCUCCAUGGUUUUUUUUUGUAGCAUAUUGAAUGGCAACUUUCUUCUUCUUAUUUAAUCUUGUUUUGGAUCAAA